GUUGUUCAUUAAUACAAGUUUAAUGAUCAACUAAAACUCAAAUCUUGUGUGCUUUCCAAUUUCCUCAUUUAGAAGAUUUUGCAUUCUUUUUUUGAGUGCAUUUCUCCUAUUGAGCUUUUUUUUCUUCUUCAAUUCCCAAAAAAACCCAUUUUUCUUUGUUCUUAUCUUGUUUUUCAUCCUUUGAUUACCUAUUUAUAGCUCUAAUUCUUCUUAUUAAUCUUCAUAUUUUUGGAUUUGUUCAAGUCUUCAAAGGGUCUUUUUCAAAGAAAUUAUAUCUAGCUAAAAAAUGACAAUCACACCAAAGAUUUCCAUCAGCAAAGGGAACCUUGUGGUUCAUGGGAAGACCAUAUUGAAAGGAAUACCAGAUAACAUCAUAUUGACUCCAGGAUCAAGCACUGGUUUGGCUGAUGGUUCUUUCAUUGGAGCUUCAGCUUCUGAUAGCAAAUGCCUUCAUGUCUUCCCUAUGGGUACUUUAGAGGGCCUUCGUUUCAUGUGUUGUUUCCGUUUCAAGCUGUGGUGGAUGACUCAGAGGAUGGGUAAGUUCGGAAAAGAUGUUCCCUUGGAAACUCAGUUUAUGAUUGUGGAGAGCAAGGAUGCCACCGUAGAAGGUGAACCAGAUGACGCACCCACCAUCUACACUGUCUUUCUUCCCCUUUUGGAAGGCCCAUUCCGAGCUGUUCUACAAGGGAACGAAAAGAAUGAGAUAGAGAUUUGCCUCGAGAGUGGGGACGCAGCUGUUGAGACGUGCCAAGGGCUUCACCUUGUUUAUAUGCAUGCCGGAACCAAUCCUUACGAAGUCAUCAACCAGGCUGUUAAGGCUGUAGAGAAACAUAUGCAAACUUUCCGUCAUCGAGAAAAGAAAAGAUUGCCGAGUUUUGUUGAUUGGUUUGGAUGGUGUACGUGGGAUGCUUUUUACACUGAUGUCACAGCUGAAGGUGUGGAAGAAGGCCUCAAUAGCUUAUCAAAAGGUGGCGCCCCACCUCGGUUCUUGAUCAUCGAUGAUGGAUGGCAGCAGAUUGGAAAUGAGAUUAUUAAAGAUGAAAAUUGUGUUGUACAAGAAGGGGCACAAUUUGCCAACAGAUUAACGGGAAUCAAAGAGAAUGCAAAGUUCCAAAAGAAAAAGAACGGUGAAGAUUAUAAUAUGGUUCCAGGUCUUAAGCUUGUUGUGGACGAAGCUAAACAACGCCACAAUGUGAAGAAUGUGUAUGUGUGGCAUGCUUUGGCUGGAUAUUGGGGUGGAGUUAAACCGACAGCUGAGGGUAUGGAAAGCUACGAUAGUGCAUUGGCAUACCCGAUUCAAUCUCCGGGUGUACUGGGUAACCAGCCAGAUGUUGUCAUGGAUAGUCUUUCCGUUCAUGGUCUUGGUUUGGUCCAUCCGAAGAAAGUCUUCAAUUUCUAUAACGAGCUCCAUGCAUAUCUUGCUUCUUGUGGAGUAGACGGUGUGAAAGUCGAUGUGCAGAAUAUUAUUGAAACCCUUGGUGCUGGACAUGGUGGCAGAGUUUCCCUCACUCGUGCCUAUCAUCAGGCGCUUGAAGCCUCUAUUGCGAGGAACUUCCCUGAUAAUGGAUGCAUUUCUUGCAUGUGCCACAACACUGAUGGCAUAUAUAGUGCCAAACAAACGGCGGUUGUGAGAGCUUCCGAUGAUUUCUACCCUCGUGAUCCUGCUUCUCAUACCAUUCACAUUUCAUCGGUAGCUUAUAAUUCUCUGUUCCUCGGGGAGUUCAUGCUGCCUGAUUGGGACAUGUUUCAUAGCUUACACCCCGCUGCAGAUUAUCACGCUGCAGCUCGUGCAGUUGGUGGAUGUCCAAUAUAUGUGAGUGACAAACCAGGCCAUCAUAACUUCGAGCUUUUGAAGAAGUUGGUUCUCCCAGAUGGGUCGGUGCUUCGGGCUCAUCUUCCUGGAAGGCCUACUCGUGAUUGCCUCUUUAAUGACCCGGCUAGAGAUGGAACUAGUUUGCUCAAAAUUUGGAAUAUGAACAAAUGUUCGGGUGUCGUUGGUGUGUUCAACUGCCAGGGUGCUGGUUGGUGCAGAAUCGAGAAAAAGACCCGCAUACAUGAUACUGUUCCGGGAACACUUACCGGUUCUGUCAAUGCUACUGAUGUUGAUUCCAUUUCUGAGGUUGCUGGGCACGACUGGAACGGGGAUGUGAUCGUGUAUAUGUACCGAUCAGGCCAUUUGGUCCGUCUACCAAAAGGAGUUUCAUUGCCUGUAACUCUCAAGGUCCUGGAAUAUGAACUCUUUCAUUUCUGCCCUCUAAAGAGAUCGAAUUUGUAUGGGCAGGAAAUCACAAGCAGCAUCUCGUUUACACCUAUUGGCCUACUCGAUAUGUACAACACUGGUGGUGCGGUCGAUGAAUUCGAGGUCCAACAAAUAAGCUCAAACAGCGGCACACAAUCUCCAACUGUGAUCAUCGAGCUCAAAAUACGAGGAAAUGGUCGGUUUGGAGUGUACUCUUCCCAGAAACCUUCCAAAUAUACCGUUGAUGGUGUAGAGACCGACUUUGCAUACGAUUCAGAAACCGGACUACUGAUUACAACUCUACCCGUCCCACAGGAGGAAAUGUACAAAUGGUCAGUCGAGAUCGAGGUUUAAUUCGACAACUUGAGAUUAUUUCAUCAAAAUUCUUUCAGAUAUUCGUCACACAACAAGUGUGGCACUCCAGCUAACGGCAGGUCGGGUGGGUAUGGAUCUUGUGAUGUGGGUUGGAAGGAACCCUUGGGGGGUGCAUGGGAUACAAGGGCUUAGUCUACUGUAUUAUAUUAAGAGGGAAUGACCUCUAAAUGAUGAAAAAUAAGGGAACUAGUAGAUGUUUUUGUACUAUAAUUAAAUAAACAACUUUUAAUUUGUUCUUCA